AUGUCUACGACUACAGCAACAUCUCGCCCGUCGCCAGCAUGGGGCUCGGCGGCGUGCAUGUCGACCACCCCGGCUGGCGUGCCUCCCUCGACACCCCCUUCGGCCGGCCAGAUAACGGCCUCGUUCUUUGGCAGCGGGCCGUUCUCGCCUCGAGGCCUGGAGGAAUCGUCCACGGGAGGCUACUUUGACCUCGUUGCGAGCGCUACCACCGCGGCGUCCAACGAUGCCGUGCCCUUCUUCCACCCGUCGGCAUCCCGAGACAGGGAGUUCACCUUUGGCAUCCCGCCCAGCACCGGCAUCGCUCCCAAGCUGGUUGUCCCCUCCUCGCGCAAGGGCGGCACAGACAGCCUGCUCGAACGGCGGUUUAGCGGCAGAGCUGCUGGCGGCCGGAGCGACGAGAGGGAGCCGGCCGCGGCUUCUCCGCUCAUCCAGCAACACUCGUUCACCCCAAAGCUGCCGCCGCCGCUGGGACCUUCCUCUUCGUCCGCCGCUGUGGUGGCCGGCGGCGUCAGAUAUGGCCAUCACGCGUUUACUACCACCACCACCAACAACAACAACAACAACAACAACAACAACAACAACAACAACAACAACACUACUACUACUCCGAAGCAAGCAUCCCGGGCCGGCGGGCUUUUCUCGCCCGGCCAGCAGAAACCGUCCGCCAUGCCCAUCUCCCUCCACAGAUCACAUACGGUUCCCAUCAGCCACGACAUCGGCGAUGCCAAGAUGAUAACGGCCGAGAAAUGUCUAGAAAUAUUACGGUCGUCCCAGAGCGAGACCCUCCUGCUGGACGUGCGACCCCUGCUGCAAUUCAACAAAGCCCACAUCAAGGGUUCUCUCAAUCUUUGCAUACCCACUACCCUUCUCAAACGACCGUCGUUCAACCUACAGAAAGUCGAAGAGACCUUUGGCAGCGGACAGGACAAGUCGAAUUUCAACCGGUGGCGCUCCAGCACCCGGAUCAUAGUCUACGACUCCUCCACCAGCCUGCCCAAGGAUGCCGCCCUGCUGGUCAGUUUGCUUCAAAAGUUCACCAGAGAAGGAUGGAAAGGCGAGUCUCUCGUCCUUACAGGCGGCUUUACCCGCUUUUCAACCCAGUAUCCCGGCUGGAUCGAGAGUGCCCAGCAUGCGUCCUCGUCAGCAGUCGCUGCCGCUGGCCUCUGUCCUUCCUCUGCCACUACUACUACUAAUAAUAAUACUACUACUUCUUCUUUCCCCUCCGCUGCUACCGGCCGCGCGAAGAACAACACUCUAUCUAUCAGCCUUACCUUACCGACCACCGCGUCAAUCGUGGGUGGGUGCGUCAUGCCCACCCCUUCAUCAAACCCCGUUAAUCCUUUCUUCUCAAACAUCCGCCAAAAUGUUGAUCUCAUCGGUGGAGUAGGCCAGCUCCCCGUCACCAUCCCCCAUGGAAUGGAUGAGACUGCAAGGCGGUCAUUGCCUGCCUGGCUCUCUCGCAUUGCCAGCUCCGAAGACGCCGGGAAGACAGCUGCAAUUCGGUUCCUCAACAUUGAAAAGGGUGAGCAGAGCCGCAUGCAGCAGGCCCUUUCUGCUCCCGGGACAUCCACUCAUAUCGGGGGCCAGAGUCCCGGUAAGCGUUCAUAUAGGAUCGCUGGGAUUGAAAAGGGGUCCAAAAACAGAUACAACAACAUCUAUCCUUAUGACCACUGCCGCGUUAAAUUAUUAGACACCACCGAGAGCAGCUGUGACUAUAUCAAUGCUAGCUUUAUUCGGUCUUCACGCUCCCACAAGCGCUAUAUAGCCACCCAGGCCCCUAUGCCCGCCACGUUUAACGACUUUUGGCGGGUUGUAUGGGAGCAAGAUUCGCGGCUCAUCGUCAUGCUAACAGCGGAAACGGAUGGAGCGCAGGUCAAAUGCCACCCAUACUGGAAGUCUGCUGACUACGGUAAUUUGCGUGUCCAACUUGUCAGCGAAGGCGCCAUCCCUCUUGACCGGCGGCAAGGAGGGCCGCCAGACAAGUUUGCUUCCGGUUACUUCACUAUCCGCCACUUCAGCAUGACCAACUCCAAGGAACCCUUCGAACCGCCGAGAGAGAUCACGCAAAUUCAGUAUGCGGAUUGGCCUGAUUUCGGCACCCCAGCAAAACCAUACCACCUACUACGUCUGAUCGAGGAAUGUGACGCUGUCGUGAACGCAUCGGCCGGCCGUUCGUCUCCGUACCACCAGGAUAAACCAGAUCCCGCAGGCCAACGCAGGGUGAUUGUCCAUUGCAGUGCAGGCUGUGGUAGGACAGGAACCUUCUGCACUGUCGACAGCGUGAUAGAUAUGCUCAAACGACAGAAGAAGGCAUCUCAGGGCUCUAAUAAGACCGAGCCAAGCUGGGUAUACGAGAACACAACGGACCUUGUGGCCACGACCGUUGAAGACUUUCGAUCACAGAGGCUGAGCAUGGUUCAGAGCCUACGCCAGUUCGUCCUCUGCUACGAGUCCAUUCUAGAAUGGUGGGCAUCUCACUCUUUAGAGAGAGACAUAGAAAGGGGGAUGUAG